CUGAGACUGACAUAUCUGGUAUAUCUCCUCUCGGUGAUUCUGACUGGAUUUGUGAAGACGUUUGACAUUAAAGGAGUUAGUUCUUCAUUCAUGCACAUAUCGCACGGAUACUGAAGAUCAUCUGUUUGUCGGUCAUUUCGGGUUUAUUUUAGUGACGAUAAAGGACUCGUUCAGUCACAAGUGAUUCAACAUCAGAGCAGUGCAAUGCAACCCUUGUCCAAACAGCUAAUGCCCACAUAGAGGUCUCUGAUCAGACACCCUCUGGCUGCAGAGGAUGCUGGGAAUGUGUCGUGGGCGCAGGAAGUUUGUGGCUGCCUCCCUCGCCCUGUUCUUUAUCCCAGCCCUCACCUGGCUCUAUCUGUCAUCUGCAAAUUUCACGGUCAAACCAUUGCCUCUGUCGCCGCUGGAUCCUCAGUCAUCUGUGCUGAUCGGAGCAGCUGCUGAGCAUCAGGAUUUGGAGCUGCAGCUACGAGAUGUGGAAGAACAUAACCAUGCGCUGCGGAGAGAGAUUAGCCUGCCACCCAGGGUUCCAACACAUAGCAGCCAUCAUAGCAACAGUCGCCAAGGCAACCAGUUACACACCCAUUCCACAGAAGAGGGUACAGGUGAUAGCGAGGCUAAAAAAGGAGUUGCCUCGGGCAACAGCUCGGACUGUGUGCCUCAGCCUGUGGUGAACAAAUGUGAGACCAUUCAUAUUGCCAUUGUGUGUGCGGGGUACAAUGCGAGCAGAGAUGUUGUCACUUUGGUCAAGUCAGUUCUGUUUCACAGACGGAACCCUCUCCACUUCCAUUUCAUCACGGACUCCAUCGCUCGGAAGAUCCUGGCUGAUCUCUUCCACACCUGGAUGGUGCCGGCCGUUCAUGUAAACUUUUAUGACGCUGAUGAGCUGAAGUCUGAGGUCUCUUGGAUCCCUAACAAGCAUUAUUCUGGCAUCUACGGCCUGAUGAAGCUGGUGCUGACCAAGACACUGCCCACUAACCUACAGAAGGUCAUCGUCCUGGAUACUGACAUCACCUUUGCCACAGACAUCGCUGAGCUGUGGGUCGUUUUCCACAAGUUCAAAGGUCAGCAGGUUCUUGGUUUGGUGGAGAAUCAGAGUGAUUGGUACCUGGGGAACCUGUGGAAGAACCAUCGGCCAUGGCCAGCGUUAGGCAGAGGCUUUAACACCGGUGUGAUUCUGCUGUUGUUGGAUCGAUUGAGGAAGCUAAAGUGGGAGCAGAUGUGGCGGCUGACGGCAGAGAGAGAGCUCAUGAGCAUGCUGUCUACAUCACUCGCUGAUCAGGACAUCUUCAAUGCUGUGAUCAAGCAGAACCCAUUCCUGGUGCACCAGCUGCCCUGCUUUUGGAAUGUUCAGCUAUCGGAUCACACCCGUUCCGAAAAGUGCUACAAAGAUGUGUCCGACCUCAAGGUGAUUCACUGGAACUCUCCGAAGAAACUGCGUGUAAAGAACAAACAUGUGGAGUUCUUCAGGAAUCUCUAUCUGACAUUCCUGGAGUAUGAUGGGAAUCUGCUGAGGCGAGAGCUCUUUGGCUGUCCCAGCGAAACGGACCACAACUCAGAGAAUCUCCAAAAGACCCUGUCUGAGCUGGAUGAAGAUGACCCAUGUUAUGAGUUUCGUCGGGAGCGCUUCACAGUCCACCGCACACAUGUCUAUUUCCUGCACUAUGAGUACAAACCAGACUUAGAUAACACUGACGUGACACUGGUGGCCCAGCUGUCUAUGGACAGACUUCAGAUGCUAGAGGCCAUCUGUAAACACUGGGAAGGGCCCAUCAGUCUGGCUCUCUACCUCUCAGACGCUGAAGCCCAGCAGUUCCUGCGAUACGCUCAGGGCUCUGAGGUCCUGAUGAGCAGGAGCAACGUGGGAUAUCACAUAGUCUAUAAAGAAGGCCAAUUCUACCCUGUUAACCUGCUGCGUAAUGUUGCUAUGGGGCAGGUCAACACACCCUACAUGUUUCUGUCGGAUAUUGACUUUUUGCCCAUGUAUGGACUCUAUGAGUACCUCAGGAAAUCGGUUGUUCAGCUUGAUAUGGGGAACACUAAAAAGGCUCUUGUGGUUCCAGCAUUUGAAACUCUGCGCUAUCGGCUGUCCUUUCCCAAAUCAAAAGCAGAGCUCCUGUCACAACUCGACAUGGGCACUCUGUUCACAUUCAGAUAUCAUGUCUGGACAAAAGGUCACGCUCCAACAGACUUUGCCAAAUGGAGAACUGCUACAACACCAUACCGAGUUCAGUGGGAGGCCGACUUUGAGCCGUAUGUAAUGGUCAGACGAGAAUGCCCAGAGUAUGACCGGCGCUUUGUGGGGUUUGGGUGGAAUAAAGUAGCUCACAUCAUGGAGCUGGACGCUCAGGAGUACGAGUUUGUGGUUCUGCCCAACGCCUACAUGAUCCACAUGCCCCACGCGCCCAGUUUUGACAUCACCAAGUUUCGCUCUAACAAACAGUACCGCGCUUGUCUGAAGACGCUGAAGGAGGAGUUUCAGCAGAAUAUGUCUCGGCGUUACGGUUUCGCCGCUCUCAAAUACAUGACAGUGGAUAACAACAGCUAGCCGAGCACAUUGUUCAGCGAACCGAUAAAAUAACUGCCAUGAGCUGAUGAAGGAGUGCUGUGUGACAGCGCCUUUAUGGAUGUGUUCAGUGAAACUGAGAUUGCAGGGUCAUUAGGAGGCACGGUUCGUGAUCAUCCAUUCAUUCAGGGAUCCGAUAAGACGUUUAUCAGUGGUGUUUGACAAAGAUGCCGAGAAAUAAACUGCUGAUUAGAAGUCAUUGAUGAACUUUUGUGAGAAGGAGAGCAGAUCCUACAAAUGGAAACUUCUAGAAUAAAUAAGGUCUGUUGUUACUUAUAAAUGAUGGACAGCAACACUGAUGCACUUCAGAUUAAAGCCUUGAAUCUGUCUGUCUUUCUGUCAACCUGUCAUUCAGUCUAUUUUUCCGCCUUUCUAACUAUUUGCUUGCCUGUCUGUCAGUCUUUUUGUUUCUCUCUACCUCUGUUUCUAACCAUCCAUCUGUAUUUCUGCUUGUCUAUAUAGUAUCUGUCAAUUUUUUUUCUGUUUGUCUGUCUAGCAAUAUGUCUGUCUGCAUCUUUCUUUCUAAGAGUCUGUCUAUUGGUCUGUUUACCUGUCAAUCAAUCUCAUGUCUUUCUGUCUAGUUGUCUGCCUCUGUCUCUCUGUCUGUCUAUUCAUCUCUACAAUCAGUCUGUCUGUCUGUACCUCUGUCUGUCUAACAAUCUGUUUGGCUGUCUAUCUAGCAGUAUCUUUAUUUCUACAUCUGUUUGUUUAACAAUCUGUCUAUAUCUCUAACAAACGGUCCAUCUAACAAUCUGUAUCUCUCUGCCUCUCUAGCUGUCUAUAUCUCAUUCUGUUUGAUGUCUAUAUCUAACAGUCUUUCUAUAUUUUUGUCUAUACCUUUCUGUCUAACAGACUGUCUAACCAUCUAGUAUCUACAGUGGGUAUAGAAAAGAAUCACCCCCCUUUAAAAUAAUCACAUUUUGUUGCUUUGCAGCAUGAAAUGAAGGACGACGCAGUUUUUGUUUAUCCAGCUGUAUUUACUCACUGCAGCUUGUAACAUCCAAGUGAAAGAUAUAA